CAUUAAUCUUACUUUUAAUUAAACUAAUUUCACUGUGUUAACUCUCUCACAGUCACAGGCAUAUGAAUCGUCACCCUCACACUCACUCUCUUCAACCCUUUCUUCUACUCUCAACAAAUCCUUAGAACCCUAAGGGUUCUUUCCUGUUCUUAUCCAAAACCAAAAGUCUUAGAGGCUACAAAAAUUGAACCAUUUUCAUAAUUUUCAAAGCUUCCACCUUAGCAUUUCGACCACCCUUUAUUGAAGAAAAGUGCUUUGAGGAGAAGCUCACACACGCAUGGCGAAAACGAGGCCAGGAAAAAAAGACAUGGACUCAUACACCAUAAGAGGAACUAACAAGGUUGUUAAAGCUGGAGAUUGUGUUUUGAUGCGUCCUUCGGACACGAGUAAGCCACCAUACGUGGCACGUGUGGAGAAGAUCGAGCAAGAUAAUAGGGGCAAUGUGCGGGUUCGUGUGAGAUGGUAUUACAGACCUGAAGAAUCUCUUGGUGGAAGAAGACAGUUUCAUGGAGCAAAGGAACUGUUUUUAUCUGAUCAUUUUGAUGUUCAAAGUGCUCACACUAUUGAAGGAAAGUGUAUUGUUCACUCUUUCAAGAACUAUACUAAGCUUGAGAAUGUAGGUUCUGAAGAUUAUUAUUGUAGGUUUGAGUAUAAGGCUGCUACUGGUGCUUUCACCCCUGACCGCGUCGCUGUAUACUGCAAAUGUGAGAUGCCUUAUAAUCCGGAUGACCUAAUGGUGCAGUGCGAGGGGUGCAAAGAUUGGUACCAUCCGGCUUGUGUGGGCAUGACUAUUGAAGAAGCGAAGAAGUUGGAUCAUUUUGUUUGUUCUGAAUGUUCAUCUGAUGAUGAUAUGAAGAAACCACCGACGCCAUUUCCUGCAUCACCGGGAUCUGAUGGCAAGGUGGAGCCAAAGCGGCGAAAGAGAGGACCGUGACCAUGAAUUACGACUCGUGGUGGUGGCGAUGCCGUAGCGCUGUUGUGUGUUGUACAGCUUCCACCAGAUUGGAAGCAAUGUUUUUAUCAUGUUUAUUCGGUCUAGAUUUAAGACACAAACCAUUGAUAUGUUUCCUUUUUCUGGCCAGAAAAGAUGAGUUAAGUUUUAAUGUUUGAAAACAUCAAACCUUGAAGUAGAAAAAAAUAGUACUAAUUGCUAUUAGGUUUCUAAAUUAUUUGGGUUGCUAUUUGAUGUGCUCACCACACCAAAUAUGCUAACAAAACUUAUUUGUAUUUUGGUUAAUUAUCUUGUGGAAAAAAGUGAGGUUCUAGUUUGAAAUAA